ACUAGUCGUUCGUCCCAUCUCUUUCUAAUCUGCUCUUUUAAUAAAAAGCAAGGACGAGAUAGUUGCGUUAAAUCAAGUUGAAUUAAAAUUAAAAGUAUAAAUAAAAUAUGAAUAAUAUAAAUUAACAUCUUCACCGUGACGUCCGUACUGAACCGCUCAUUUUAGUUUUAACGCCAGUUAGUACAUACCUUUAAACUUUAUUUAGCAAGUUAGCUACUUUUAUCACACAGUUAUUGCAUUUUUGAUCAAUGUGAUGUAAUAUUGUGUAGUGUAAAACUUUCAAUUUGAUGGGGACGCAAGAGUUUUAAAACUUUUAUACUCACGACCUUCAAAAGUGACCUUAAAACUUGUAUAGUCAAUAGAAUUAAAGUGCGCAUGUGUAAUAUUCUGUCAAAUCGUGUUUGGCGCGCUGAUAAGCUCAAACAUACAAGCUGUUGAUCGCAAUGAGUUUGUUUUUUUAGUCGUUCAACAGAUACCGUGCAUAGUUGACGUACGUAACAUAAAAUAACGCGAGUUGGUCAUUAACUAAAAUGUCUAACCACGAUUUAACCUGCAAAGUGAGAACGGCGAGACAGAAUGGCAUUGUGCAACCCCUACUCACUGACCUUUACCAAAUCACUAUGGCUUACGCUUAUUGGAAAUCUGGUAAAGUGAAUGAUGUUGCUGUAUUUGAUUUGUUUUUCCGUACCAACCCAUUCCAUGGAGAAUUUACAAUAUUUGCGGGACUUGAAGAAUGUUUGAAAUUUCUGCAUAAUUUUCAUUAUUCAGACAGUGAUAUAGAAUAUUUAAUGCAAACACUGCCAGAUAAUAUUGAGGCGGAAUUCUUUGCAUACUUAAAAGAUUUAACAUGCAAAGAUGUUAAAUUGAGCGCCAUUGAAGAAGGUUCAGUUGUUUUCCCAAGAGUACCACUGUUAAGAGUAGAAGGACCGUUAAUUAUUACUCAAUUACUGGAGACAACCCUAUUGACCCUGGUUAACUUUGCUAGCUUGAUGGCGACGAAUGCUGCCAGGUACAGAAUGGUAGCCGGUAAGAGCGUGUCGCUGCUGGAAUUUGGUUUGCGCAGGGCACAAGGUCCAGACGGCGGUCUUUCUGCUUCGAAAUACGCUUAUAUUGGUGGUUUUGACGGAACGAGUAACGUUUUAGCCGGGAAAAUGUUCAAUAUACCCGUGAAGGGGACGCACGCCCACUCGUUCGUGACGUCAUUCAGCACUCUGGACGACAUACAUUCCGUGCUUCUGAGACACGCCGACACACAAGAGCCUUGCAACUUGCUAGAGCUGGCCUCAGAGUGGCGUAACCGCGUGUCAGCCGUCAUUGACAUCUCCCCCGAGGAAGCCAGCGACGGCGAACUGGCCGCACUGAUCUCGUAUGCCAUAGCCUUCCCAACAGGUUUCCUGGCUCUAGUGGAUACGUACGAUGUCAAGAGGUAUAAUUUUCAAGGCUUACCGUCACGGCACAGGCAGCAUAUGAAUGGGCAUUCUGGCUACAAUAGCAACUGUGGAUCCAAUGAUACUAGACUACUAAAAUCACCGAUACAUAGUACAUAUGGAUAUAGCACGGUCGAACGCACACUGAGGAGUGGAUUGCUGAACUUCUGCGCUGUGGCUUUGGCUCUAAACGACUGUGGGUAUCGAGCAGUGGGCAUCCGUAUUGACAGCGGAGACUUGGCUUACUUGUCAGUACUGGCCCGGGAGACCUUCGAACAAAUCGCUGAAGCCUUCAAACUGCCAUGGUUCUCCAAACUGACCAUAGUCGCGUCUAAUGACAUCAACGAAGAAACCAUACUGAGCUUGAACGAGCAAGGCCACAAAAUCGAUUGUUUUGGCAUUGGGACGCAUUUAGUUACUUGCCAACGUCAGCCAGCAUUAGGAUGUGUUUACAAGCUAGUGGAAAUAAAUGGGCAACCACGAAUCAAGCUAAGCCAAGAUGUUGGAAAGGUCACAAUACCAGGACACAAAGAGGCCUAUAGAUUGUUCGGCGCAGACGGUCACGCGCUCAUCGAUUUGCUUCAAAGGUCUUCAGAGCCGGCGCCAGGAGUUGGCCAGAAGGUGCUCUGCCGGCAUCCCUUCCAGGAAUCCAAGAGGGCAUACGUCAUUCCCAGCAAAGUUGAACAUCUGUACAAGGUGUACUGGAAGGACGGGCGUAUUUGCAUCCAGCCGAAGCCUCUGCUCGAGGUGCGGGAGCGGGUGCAGUCAUCGCUCCGAACCCUGCGGCAGGACAUCAAGAGAAACUUGAACCCCACCCCGUACAAGGUGGCAGUCAGUGAUGAUCUCUACAACUUCAUUCACGAUUUGUGGCUUCAAAACGCGCCCAUCGGAGAGCUUUCGUGAAAUUAAAUCUGUCGGAGAGACAAUCCAGACGAGUGAUCACUCGCAUCAAUCAUUUAAAAAGAUACAAAAUCAUUAAUCAUGGAAAAUGCCUAAAAAUACCAAACGAAAGUGUCCCAAGGAUUCAUUUGGAACGUAAUAAUAAGAUAGAUAUAAGCAUUGUGCACAAACACAGUACUACUUAAUUUAUUUGUUGCAUGUUAUGUUUAUUUGUUACAUAGUUUAUUAUCUUGCCAUGCAAAUGUGGAACCAAAGUUUAAUAUAGUGUCACAAUUGAAAAGCACCUGUUAAUUGGCUUGUUGAGUAAAUUACAAUGAAAGCGGAAAAAUAUUUAUUAUAUUAAUAAUAAAUGAUAAGGAAUAUGUAAUAUUCUUGUAUCUGUUACAAAGAAUAUAAUUAUAGCACUUUAGAAUUAAUUAAUAAGAUAAGAUAAAGAUACAUUUACAUUGGUACGAGGCAUACGAGGUGCGAUGUUUUGUUUCAUCAAGUACGUUGAAAUCAAUGUGAAUGUACUUUAACAUGUUUCAAAGACAAUGAACCUCGGUUUCUCAUCAAGUUAUCUAUAAAUAAACUCGAAAACAACUGAACCAUUUCAGCUAUAUUUUUUUCGUACGUAUGUCGUUUCAGCUAGUUGCCAUUGAUGAGAAACCGGAUUCAUAAUACUUACACUAAAUUAAUAAAUUAUUUGGACUAGUCAACAUAGUUUUUAAAGUUUAGUCAGUUGUUGGCAGUUGCGUAAUUAAUUGUAUAAGAUAUAAAGUUUCUGGCACACAGCGGGUACAAGUGCGAUCAUAAAUUAAGCGAGAUUUUCAGUCCUAUUUGCGUACGCAAAAUUUCUUUUACAUAGUGUUUUCGUAAGCGUCUGCGAGCUAGCUAUGAGCUGUCAAAUCGUAAACGUGAUGCGCCCACAAGAGCCUCGCUCUCAUACCCGCUGUGUACCACAGGUUUAAAAAUUAAAAUACCUAAUUGUCCUUUCUGCAGCAAUAAAUAGAUUAACAUAACUUAGUUCCAUAGAACUACGUAUAUACCUUUACUAUUAUAAUAUUUCGGUAUCUACUACAUUUAAAGUUAAACGGUAUAGGACAAAGGGAAAGGCACACAAAUAGUUGAGUUAAGCCAUAAAGGUUGUAGGCGUAGGUUUAUAGAUACAUAAAAUGUUUGAUGUCUAGUAAUUCAUGAUCUAGCACUUAUUGUAAGCUAUUGAUUAAAUAAAGAUUAAAGUUCUACCGCGGUAAGUGAAUUAAAUAUACGUAUAAAAAUUAGUUACGCUAAUGCUCUUUCGAGCAAUUAGCUACCUAACAAAUAAGUACUGCACUUUUCAAGCAAUCGUAAUUUUUAAGUGUUAAUUGAAUUAUUUAUAUAAUCAAUUUUGUUUUUAUGUUAGUACUUAUCGGUACUUUAAACAUGUUUCCUAUCUAUCCUGAUAGGUACCUAUAACAUCCUUUUUAUCCAUGGUAAUUUCGCAUUCCUUAGUAUUUGAAAAAAUGUAAGUAAUAGAAUGACUAAAUACAGACCAUACCAAGUAGUUUAAGAUCUUUAUGAUAAAUGGGGUUUCUGUUGUUAAAUUAUUAUUUAGGUAAGUAUAUCCUAUACCUAUGAAUGUUUUAAGUGUAGGGUGGUGAUAUAUUUUACUAUUAAAAUACUUUGUUAGUGCAUUUAGUUGAAUCACAGUGUUGGAAUAUUUUAGCUGUUUACAAUUUUAAUCAUGAAGUGUAUAGUGUACGCAUUUCAAGUAUACAGAGUGGAUUUUUGAGACGGAUAGGAAAGUAGAGGAUUUUUGUGAUAUAUUUUAAUUUUAACAGACUGAAAUAAAAAUAUAAAAUAUAAUGAAGAUAAAUUAUUUUAAAUAAUUUUCCUAUAGAAUGCAAGUUUACAAUCUCUAAAAGUCCGGAUGUUUUCUAAGAACUUUUACUUGCAUCUAAACCGUUUGUAUUUGCCCUUAUAGUCCCAUAACAAAAAUCCACUAUGUGCGCAUAGGUUGUUUUAACCGUAAUGUAUAAAACUGAUAAUUUUCUAUUAGUUCUACUUUCCCAAACAUAAUUUAUUUUUAAGUAAGUCGACGUCUGUUACAAGGACUAAAGCGCAUUGUCCACCUAAUAGAAAGAACAAAUAUGUAUAAGGUUUUAAAAUUCGUUGACGCACGUUACAAGUGCGAUUAUAGUAAUUUUAAUAUAUAUUUAUUUUUAUAGAUAACAUAUUUUAUACAAAAUCUGGAAAAGGCCGAAUCAAUCAUGCUUAGCAAAAAUGUCUACCUCUUAUAAAAUGUAUCUAUAGAUAUUUUAUUCACUCUGUUUUAUCGAAGGGAAUUUAUUGUACUUUCGUGGGAAAAUCACAAAUUGUUUAAAUACACAUAACAACGAAUAUGAAAUGUUUUAAUAUCAAUACGAAGACAUCAUUUGUUUUGCAUUAUAACAUAACUACAAAGGCACAUUUUUUUUUAAAUACAUAACUUAUGUUUUUCUUAAUGUUUGAGACUAGAAAAUUAGGGGGCUCAAAUCCCUCUUAUUACAAAAAUUUGAGUAAACAGUACUAAAUUUUUUCUUAUUAAUGCACUUUCUCCUUUCUUAUUGCAAUUUCUUGUUAAUUUCUUAUUUUUACACUUUUAUAAUUAUAGUUUGCAGGACUUCAGUUUUCGUUUCACUGUAUAAUUAUUUUUAAGCUAUAAAAUUAUCACUUCACGGGAUUUAUUGGUCUGCCCGCGACCAUGACUCGUGCAACCGAGCCGAAACGUCGGGAGGGUAAAUAUUUUAUUUACCGUCUAAAAUAGAUAUAUAUUGUUGCAAUAAAUCCCGUGAAGUGAUAAUUUUAUAGUAAAAAUGCAACAUAAUAGUUUAAAAUAUUAUAUUUUUAAGCUUCUCGAAAUCAUUCGAAUUUCUUUGUAUUUUAUUCCUUAAAUUUAUAUAAAGUUUGUACGGGUUACAAGAUUUAACACUAGAAAUAUUAUUGAGUACAAUGUACAAUUAAGCUAAGUACAUUCUAGUAGGUAGAAUCUGCAGCAUUAAUACGCAAUAUGAUUUUUGUGCCUUCAGUAUAAAAAUUGUAGAGCUUUUUUCUCUAUUAUUAAUAUGUGAGUAAGGUACACGUAAAAGCUUCUGAAAUAGUUAUUUAUAAAACAUAUUGAAUAAAUAAAAAUACUUUU